CGGUUACACCCUUCAGCACUUGUUCUCCCUCUCCUUCACGCCGACCCCCGUUUCGGCGAGCAAACAACGGAGACUGAAGCUCGAUUUCACCAGCCACCGAAUACCAAGGGUUCCUUCUCCCUCUCCUUCAACAUUCCGGCGAGCGAGAGAGGGCUUGAUUUCUGAGCCUCAGCCUUCAGUCGGCAAGGCAAGCUACCGUUCCUACCCAAAGAAAGUCGCUUGCAGCCAGCACGCAUAGUGGCCAAGUAUGUUUGGUAUUUCAUACGGAGAGCUCUUCCUCUUGAUCGGUGCCACCGCUGCCCUCGUCGGCCCAAAGGAUCUCCCAAUUUUAGCUAGAACUGCGGGGAGAUUAGCUGGUCGAGCAAUCGGGUACGUUCAAUUAGCUCGUGGGCAAUUCGACAAUGUUAUGCAGCAGUCUCAAGCUCGUCAGGUUCACAAAGAACUUCAAGAUACAAUGGCUCAACUAGAGGUUAUUCGUCAUGAAAUCCGGGGUAUCUCUUUUAUGAAUCCUGGUCCUUUGACUCGAAGGCUGAUGGACGAACCUAAAGAUUCUGCUUCCAACAUAGAAUCUGCAUGCAAUAGGCCACCUGAUAAGUGUGAAGAAGCACAGAAGCCUAUAAGUGCUAUGAUGAAGGACCAUAGCUUCAAAACCUCAGGUUUUGUUGAUCUACAUAGUCAAGCUACUGCUUAUGCUAGAUUGGCUGAGUCUGAAACCUUAAAGACUGGUUCUUUGAGUAGCAUUACAGAAAAAGAGAACAUCAUUGAUGAAUCUACUCUCUUCACUGUCCUCCCAAUUUCAGCUGAAAGCACUGGGAUGCUACCAGAUCGAAAGGGAAGUGCAAAAGGAUCAGACAUUGUGUUGGAAGCAGUACUUGAAGCAGAAGUAGCACGUAAUGCCAAAGAUUUCUUUUCACAACCCCAAAAUCAGAUAGACCGAAUAGAUAGAAUUGCCUUUGGCCUAUGGGUUGAAGUCAAUGAAGUCCUCCAACUUGAAAGAGUAGAGGAUACCUUUAGGAGAGGUUUGGAUUGCGAGCUGAGCUGAGCUAAGAGUUGAAAG